AUGGAAAUUAUCAAUCGAGUAGCCGCUAGCCACUCGCCACUCAUGGAGGUAGCAGCCACUCCGCCAAGACGUCCGCGCUCUGUCCAUGUGUCGGCAGAGAUGGAAUGUGCUGACAGUUCCAUGGCGGUGGAGCCGGAGCCCAUGAGCCCUACCGGAAGAAUCUUGGAGGAGAUGGGUGUCUGCAUCGUCGUCCUGAUGGGGCUCGGCACGCCAGUAAACCUACCCGUCUUCCGCGCCGGCAUCGAAACAGAACUGGUCACCCGAUUCCCGCGCUUCCGCAGCGUUCAAGUAAUGGAUGGAUCCAAGGACGGCAAACCAGGAUGGGUGCAAACAAAGGUGAACGUGGACGACCACAUCGUCUUCCCUGUGCUUGAUCCUGCUGCAGUGGUUUUUGACCCGGAAAAGACCGUGGAGGACUACGUGGCGUCCCUGUCCACGCUUCCAAUGGACAGGCGUCGCCCUCUUUGGGAGUUCCACUUCCUCGACUUCCCAACCUCUGAGGCGACCUCCACGGCCGUGCUCCGGCUCCACCACUCCAUCGGCGAUGCCAUGUCAAUCAUGACACUCUUCAUGGCGUCGUCAUGCAGCACAGCUGACCCAGCUAGGCUUCCGGCCAUGCCGCCGCCGCCCAAGCGCACUGGCGCCAUCUACCAACCGCAGCCACGACCUGCGCUGUCUUCGUUAGGCGAUUAUCUGGCGUGGGCAUGGUCCUAUUUUGUGCUGGUGUGGCACACGCUAGUGGACAUCAUAUUGCUUGCUGCCACCGUACUGUUCCUGAGUGAUCCACGCACGCUCUUGACACGUGGAGACAACGGCGAGUCUCACCGCCGUAAGCGUUUCGUGCAUCGGAGCAUUAGCCUUGACGAUGUCAAGCUCAUCAAGACUACCAUGAACUGCACUCUGAACGAUGUGCUAGUUGGUGUGACUUCAGCAGCUCUUUCACGAUACUACUUUAGAAAGUCUGGUCACACUAACACUAAGAGUAUCUGUUUGCGAUCAUUUGUUCCUGUCAACAUAAGGCCAAUCUCUAGUCGACAGACAUAUGUUACCAAGGUAGAGACGGGCAAUUGA